GAGAGAGAGAGAGCCUGUGUGUGUGUGUGUGUGUGUGUGUGUGUGUGUGUGUGUGUGUGAGUGUGUGUGAGAGAGAGAGAGAGAGAGAGAGAGAGAGAGAGAGAGAGAGAGAGAGAGUCGGUGUGUGUGAAUGAGUGGGACUGAGAGACAGAGAGAGAGACUUUGGUAGAGCGAGCUCUGUAAGUCAUUACCUCCCGUGAUAGAGACACGCGGAAGGAGCCGUCAGUCUCGGACCACUGCAGAUCACUGAGGACCAUCGCUCGUCUGCUGCUGCCACAAAUCUCCUCUCCUGGAGAAAGACUCCACGCCGUCCCGGAUGUUUUCAACCUCAGACGCCCCUGAGAUGAACCCUCCCAAUCCACACAGAAGCUUACUGAUGUCGCUCUCCUACGAUUACAACAUGCUUCCCAGUCAGGAUCUGAGGUCCUACUGGUUGUGUUCCCAGCAACACGCCUCAGCGGAUCCCACUGGGAUCCAUCCCCACCAACACCUGCAGGCCCUCCCUCCUCUUCCACGCCCCUCUCUGGUCGUCUCACCUCCCCCAUGCUUACGGUGGACCCAAUAUAGUAAUGCCCUGGAUUCUCUGUCCAUCACAGAACAGAGGGCACAAUCCUUUGUCCCCUUCACUGCUUCCCACAGAGCCUCUCAGGGCCUCACCCAGCCUAAGCCAGGGAAAUGGGGAGCGAUGCAUGUUUGCAUCGCCUGGCAGAUUCAUCGCCAUAAACAGAGGGUUGAGAAGUCGCUGAUGAAACCAUCAGAGUUUCCUCCUGUGACUGACAUGGCCGCGGCGAUACAAGAGAACAGGGACUCUGCCCAUUCCUCACCUCCAAUUCCAGACGGCUCCCACGGCCGGUCCACGUCUCUGAAGAGGAGGGCGUCUGACUGUGAGGGGCGGACCCAGCCCCCCCUGCACCUCGCAGACCUACUGAGACAGGAGGAGGAGCAGACGGAGGAGAAGGAGACCGCCCGGGCACAGCCUCACACGGAAACCUCCCAGCACGCAUCGAGAGCCGCUCACGGGCGCGGGUGCGAGUACGACGCCGGCCCCAGGCGGGGGUCUGGGGACUCGAGGAAACGGGGGCCUCACGAGAGUGACGGCGUGCGUCUUAAAGCCAAGAGGAUGAGGCAUGGGGAACGUGAGGACUGUCGGGUCUUCACAGGGAAGAUGUUUCAGUCGGCUCCAGUGAACGGACCUCAGUAUUACCAGCCCUCACCCGGGUAUUACGCUACCGUGGGCGGAAUGGAUCCCAACACCCUCUACCCAACGCCUUCCUAUUCCCAGGGCAGAUUCCUACAACAGAACCAACACGUCUUCCACCAAGCGGUGUUUAUGAAGCAGAACACUGAACUCCAGAACCUGGCCGGACAGUCCUUGUGACGCUGUGCACCCGGAGGUACACAUGGAUCCGUUUCAAACUAAAAGCCUCAUUGCUCCAGAGUGUUAGAACUUUUAUUUUGGAGAUCACGCAAGAAAGCGUCUUCCUCAUUCCUUGAAACAUCAGUGCAUUAAAACUACUGUAUAUUUAUUUAAAUUUAACUGCCUUGGUCAGAUGCAUUACUGUGUUCCUCACCUUCCCCGAAUAAGACUGAUCGGACUCUGGGGGCUGGGUGAGGCUGCACACCUGUUGUACAUCAUGCAAUCAGUGUUCCAGGUUAAAUCAGCCAUCCCCACAGACUGCAGAGAUCUGCAUGGCAACAUGGACCAGUAUCAUUGUCUGCAAAAAUUACAAUAAACCGGCUUUCAACACCA